AUUUCCGUAAUCUUCAAAAGGUAUUUUCACUUGUGGUGUCUUUUCAGGUACUGAAUUAUGCAGCAUACAAAAUUUGAUUGAAGGAGAUUCAUUUAAAUAUUUAUUAUUUCAAAAUUCGCUUUGAAGUUUAACUCAAGAUUUAUCCAGGUCAGGAUCACAAGUGUAUUAAAAUAUUGUAAAAAGGAAAUUGGCUUGUGUUGCCAGGUGAGAAAAAUGACGUUAAAAAUGUAUUGGAGCAUUUUCCUUACUUUAUACAUUUUCUUGCCCGCUGUUGUUGGUCAGUGUCCACCAGGCUGUAGCCAAUGUGUACCUGGAGAUAUCGCAGUCUGUGCCUCAGUCUGUCCGUCUAAAGUUCAAUUACCAACAGACAUUACGACGUAUGUCCAAACAGGACGAGGAGCCUGUAAUGUCACGCCAACGUGGCUGUUAAAAACGGAUGAUUUUAUUCCUUACACAAACCUUCAAAAUGUAAGCAUUACACAUUCUAAUGUCCUUAGUUUCGAUAAUACAGAUCCACCAUUUGAACAUUUAAAGAAUCUCAAGUCUCUUUCACUGGCACACAACAUAUUCAGGACAAUUGAUAAACAAUUUAUAAAUCUAACAACAUUAGAAGAUUUGGACUUGAGUUACAAUUUUAUAGGAAUAAUGCAAGAUAGAUCUUUGUCAUCGCUGAUAUACUUAAAAAGUUUAAACUUAGAACACAAUCGGAUUAAUAGUUUAUCCAGUGAAAAGUUCUCAGGACUAGACAGUUUACAAAACCUUGUACUGUCACAUAAUCCUAUCUCUUCCAUUGACACGGACACCUUCCAACAAUUACAAAAUAUUGAAACUAUAAAGCUACAAGAUGCCCAAAUCAAAAGCAUAGACCCUGGAUGGUUCCAUGGUCUCACAAGAUUAAAACAUAUUGACCUUUCCAACAAUUCUAUAUCGUCCAUCAAUGAUGACAGUUUUGUUGGUACGGCUUUAGAUGACCUGGACUUAUCUUAUAAUCAUCUGACAUCAGUUCCAGUCACUGCCAUUCAACGUUCUUCUCAAUUUUUAAUUAAACUAUCACUUGCUCACAAUCAAAUAGCAAGUAUUUCUAACUCGGAUCUCAAAGACUUUACUUUUGGAACUUUAGAUCUAAGUGACAACCAAAUAACUCAUAUUUCUAAAGACUUGUUUGAUAAUGUCAACAUUGUGGAGACCAUUGAUCUCAGCGGCAAUCCAAUAACAAGUAUUGAUGACGGCGCACUAACACAACUGCAACUGGCACAGAAACUUGUUGACCUUAGCAACACCAACCUAAUGUCCUUACCAAGGUCAACAGAGAACUGGUUGGCUUCUACAUUCACAACAGUAAACCUGAACAAUACAAACUGGCAAUGUGACUGUGCUAUGCUCUGGUUUGCAAGAAUAACUUCAAAGACAAACAUUGUCUCACCAACAUGUGCAGCCAGUACUAAAUAUGCUGGUCAGCUUGUGUCUAUUGCUGUCCAGCAGUUAGAGAAAGACUGCAUGACUACAACAGCAAAGACAAAGAGAACAACAACACCAAAGAAUAACAAAUUAACGAGAACAAAAAAUACAUCUACGACAAUAAAAGACAAAUCUACUACACCUAAAACAACCAAAGUGACUAAUAAACACUUUUCAAAGUCACAAAAACCAACUACACUAACCACAGACACGACACAGACAAUCACGCCAGUAAGUACAACAGCCUUCACAAAAAUGAAAAGAACAACAACUGGAAAAUCAACGGCAUCAUUGAAAACAAAAGAGUUCAGAACGAUGACAUCAACAACACAAAAGACGACAGUAACAUCACCUACACCAAGCUCAACCUCAAAAACCUCAAAUCCCACAAAUAAAGCCUUACCGGCAUCAAGUACUACAGCAACAUUACCAAGUACAACAACACCGACUACAUCAGUUUCUAGCUCUACAGUAACAUCACCAAGUACAACAACACCGACUACAUCAGUUUCCAGCUCUACAUCAACAUCAAGUACAACAACACCGACUACAUCAGUUUCAAGCUCUAUAUCAACAUCAAGUACAACAACACCGACUACAUCAGUUUCAAGCUCUACAUCAACAUCACCAAGUACAACAACACCGACUACAUCAGUUUCAAGCUCUACAUCAACAUCAAGCACAACAACACCUACUACAUCAGUUUCCAGCUCUACAUCAACAUCACCAAGUACAACAACACCGACUACAUCAGUUUCCAGCUCUGCAUCAACAUCACCAAGUACAACAGCACCAACUCACACACCAACAACUACAACUCACACACCAACAACAUUCACUCCAUUAGAUCCUCAUGGAGUUACUCAGCCUAGAGUAGACUGUGAGAAAAUAUCUACCUCAACAUUACCACCAACUUCAAGCGAGAACAUCAAAAGCACAAAGUGCGAUCAAAGUACCACGGCGAGCACAGCCUCGACUACAGACCCUACAGCAACGACGACAACGACUACCGUUGGUUCCACAACAGUAAUUACGGUAACAACGCCCACUGCGACCAUUGUCACCACGAACACUCCAGUUGCUACGACCACAACCGUUGUAGUAGUAGCGCCAACACCAGCGACAACGAAAGCCAAUGACGCUUGUACUGCAGCUUAAGAUCUGAACACCCGCUGGUGUCCAAAACCAAAAUGUCUGGGCUGAUAAACUAUAUCCCAAACUGAAAAUUAGUUGUUGUUUUUUUUCUCCAAAUAAUUUGUCAAAAAUUCAUUACCUUAAGACCUUAUGUAUUGUAAUCAAAUGUGUGUACCAAACCAUACUAACAUCGACCACAGCUAAUAACACACACUCACACACAGACAAGCGAUUCAGACUUUACAACAAAAUAAUGAUGCAUCCCCAUAUUCAACCUUCAUUUCACAGAUCCAAACUGAACACAUUAUUAUGUUAAAAAGAGGCUGACAACAUAUAGGCAGAGAGAGAGACAACUUUGGCGAAGAAAUUUAUUACGCUAAUCAUGAUUUAGCCAAUAUGAAUAUGCCUGCAGGUAGCAAUUUUAAGAAAAACUUUGCUGUACAUUUUAGUUUGAAAGAAUGUCUAUACGUUUGAAUUAUGUUCCAGAAAUAUAAAUAUAUAAAAUUAUCUGCAUGUACAAAUGUUCAGAUAAAUGCUGAUACUAAGUUGUCAUUUUUUCAUUUGUAAAACAUAGAAACUGUACAACCAGUGUCUAGAUGUCUAGCUUUCGAAAAGCUUGCAAACAAGGUGAUUUGUAAUAAUCUUCCUAUCAUGUGUUAUCUAUGCAUUGCACGAGUCUGCAAAAUUUAAAAUACAUUAGCGAAACCUCUAUUUAUAUAUUUAAAAAGCUUAGAGUUGUACAGCUUUACCUCUAAAUCAUUAUGUUGUUGCUGCUUUCUAUUCACUGCACUACAGCAUAAUAUUCAUGUCUUAUAUACUAAAUGUGAAUUGCAUGUAAUGCUUAAUAAUAAAAGAGAAUGUUUCAAUAA